ACUUUCAGCCAAUGGAUUCUUUCUGCAUCUGAAGUUUGAAUGUUCAGAGUAACUACUGUCAACUGAGAAGCAUAAUGCUUGGAUUAAGCUCGUUACUGCCAUGUUGCUAAAGUGUGCACCUGAACAGAAAGAUACUACUGGAAAUGAAAUACUUUCUAUCUGCCGCUCUCUCUACUUGACAAAGCACAAACUAUCAUUUCAGUGUGUGAAACAAAUUUAUCUUCUACUCCUGGAACAAUCCAUCCUGCUGCCAGCAUUGAAGCUUGGAAUAGAAAGUGGUACCCAUGAACUGCAGAAACUGGCAAUAGAACAGAUAAGGGCUGUCACUCAGAUCGAUGCAUCCAAUUGUGAUACAGAGCUGCUUUCUUUGCUGCUGAACAAUAAAUUAGUGGUGGACUGUGUGUCUACUGUUUUCUACCCCUACCUUCUAAAACAUCUUCUGACCAAUCGUGAGGAAGGACAGUACACCGUUGAAGAGAUAGCAGAACAAUUGAAUCAAGCAGGCUGCACUGCAGAGGGAGGUUCUUUACUGAUGUACCAUAGGGCAACACAUCCAUCAUUAAGUACAUUUAGUGCUGCACUAAGUGUAACAAAGAAGUGGUUAUGAAAGGAUUGUGCCUCGAUAGCAACGUUUCAGGUAAAGGACGAAGCAUGGACUUCCCGACUUGUUCAUCUUCAAUCAGAUACUGCAAUGAAGUUUAACAUUACUGCAUUUGCUACUUGGAAAUGUUUGUGUUUCUGGCAUUCAAACUGUAAAAUCAGUGUGGUUCUGUAAACAGUUUAAAACCUAUGGCUGAAAAUUAUAAUUGUAAAUCAUUUUUCAGUUGAUAAAGAUAAUUUAAUAAGGAUGAUGAAAGAAAGGUUACACCCCAGUAUUUUACUUCGGUGCACUCCUAGAAUUUUCACUGUGAAAUAGUAUAUCAGAUUUUUCAAAUAAACUUGGUUUUAAAUUUGGAAUUA